UUUCCGGGCGAUACCCGAUGGCAUCUUUUGUACAAAGCAACCAGGGAUGGAUGGAACCCACAGAAUUUUCAUGAGAAGUGCGAUGGAAAGUGUCCAACUCUCGUUUUCAUCAAGAGUGACGACAAUGUCUUCGGAGGUUACGCAGAGAAACCAUGGUUCACACGUAAGUUUUAUAAACGAAGUAAAAUUAAGUAAUUGUCCCGAUAAGAAGGAAAGGACCAAAACACAGUGAACAAGUCGGUAUGCUAAAAGGUGCUAACUUUACUAUUGUCUCUACCAUGGUUCUGAUUGGUUUAAACAUCAAAUUUUACGAAAUCUUUGCAAAGCAGCAUGUAUAUUAAUCCCUUUUUUCUAUCCAACUUCCUUAUAGCAAAACCUCGUCUGAGUCUAAGUAACAUAGAAAUCGUAUGUGCGGAUCGUGUAAAAUUGUGAACAUUUCUUGGCCAUUGUUUGCAACUCUUGUGAUUGGUCGAAAUGUUUUAACACAAAAAUACACCCUUUAAAAGUGGACUUCAAAUGCAUUUUUUUUCGUAAACUGCCUUUUUGUAGAUUUAUGUAUUCUCUGCGUAAAAAUGAAAACAUUUCUAUGUGAGGAAAGCGUAUUGCGCCACAACAAAACAAAUUGCUUCGCUUUUUACCUGGAUCAUUACUUAAUAACAACGUACUCUGUAUUGUCAGGGGCACUUAGCGACGUUUUCCUCUUAAAUGCAUUGAACACAGUUUUCGGGCUACCCAGAGUACUUUAAGAUCUCUAGAAACGAAUUCUAAGGGGCGCUAUAAUAUUUGUAUGUGUUUGGUCAUCCUAGAGCAACCUGAGUCUUUUUCAAAUUACAAGGGUUUCAAUAUUGUUUUCCUGAAAUUUUAAGGUGGACCAACUAGAUUUUGAUUUUGAGCGUUUACUACGGCGGCAUUCAAAUAACAAAGACAUUAGGAAAAGAUUAUCACAGCUGUACUAUAAUCAUAAAGAUGAAAAUUUGUUAUGAUCGAUGUUUUAUUGACUUCGGUGCUGUCAUUACGUUUUUACCUGUUUUUGUUUUUCUCGGUAGCAGGAGUAUUUUUCCUCUCAGAAAUCGCUUAAAAAAGCUUAUUCCUUCCUUAGUUGCCUCGAUUAUAGCAAAGUUUAAACAAAUUUUAUGAGAGUAAAAAACGUAAUGGCGUCAUAACGUUGCCAUCGCAACUGCCAUGUAAAAAAAACAUAUAUCAUAACAAAUGUUCAUCUUCAUAUAGCACAGCGAGCUGUGGUAUCUUUUUUUCCGAUAUCCUUGUUCAUGCUGACAUGGUAAAUACUCAAACUUUCCCCUUAAAAAAAUCUAGUCCAGCCACUUUAAGAUGCUAUUUAAAACUUAACAUAGGUGAGGAUUUUACUAAUUCCUCUCUCUAUCACAUCUUUGAAUCCAAAACGUGUCUCCUUUUUUCUAUGAAAUAUAGCAUAACUUGGAAUUUGUAAGAUAAGCUUCGAAAACCAUAAAUGAAUGUGACGGUCAUAUAGAAAUUUUUAGCUUCCCUCAAGCUACAGAGAAUUCUAAGCAAUAUUUGUUUCUUCCAGCAGAUAUUUUAUACAAACAGUCGUUGGGUGCCCUUGUAUAGUCCGGCUGCUAGUCAUUCAGGUGGUACAAAAUCGUGCGUCAUGCUGGAGAGCAACAGACACACUGGGAAGAAUGACACAAUUUUGUUAGUCUUUACAUUAGAGCCUAAAUAAGCUAAGAAAUAUUUCAAGACAAGUAAAUUGUAAAUUCUUUAAGUAAAAGGAAGCUUCACACACAACCUAUCUUUUUUACUUCAGGUUAGCUUAGGCUGACAUGCUUUGCCUUUCUCAAAGCUCAAGAAACCGCAAGUUCGCAAAGUCGGUUUUAAGGAUGGUUUUCAAGUCACUUAAAACUUUUCUCGAAUUAAUCGUUUUAAUUUUCCGACUUUAAUUUGAUGCAAAGUAAAAUAACUUGAUAUUUUAUUCAGACCUUCACACACGUAUUUUUGGUGAAGUGAAACUUGACAGCUCUUAAGGCUUCCUUAAUGGCCUAGUGUAAAGACAACCAUAGAGCUCACAUCAUUAACUAGUAAAACUAUGCACCCUUAGCCACCUUCUUGCAUUGUAAGCUCCAGGGUUUAACCCGGAUGAUAAUGAGAGAAGAUGCAAAGUCAAAGAGUUCUACCUUUUUUCUCCAGAACGUUAUUUAAGGUAGUAUAACCCCCCCGAAAACGAAAUUUUCAAGAGAACAUUUAAACAGGGAAAUGGUCAAAUGUAACGGUGAUUAAUUUUGUUCCUGCAUGUAAAUUCAGGAUAAAUGCUUUGCACUCUGUAAGACUAACAACUGGUAGGAUGCCCCCCCCCCCUCCUCCCAGAGAAGUUUUUUUUAAGGACCGUACUGGUCUCCCAAUAAACAAAGGAACUUGUAUAUAGAGGUGCAUAGAAAGACUUAGGAUUUAUCUUGGGGUUGGGGUAUAGAAAUACAUGUUGUACGGAAACCCGUCAUUUAUCUGGUAUUUUACACCAUUUUUAACGGUCUUGAAGCGACACCACUAGCCUGCAAGUGAUCUUAAUCAACUGAAGUAUUUUUUAGAAGUUAUUCAUGUGGAAAUGCCGGGAGAAUUAAAGUUGCUUAGUUUAUCAACCAAAACGCUUCUCUAGGGAUGUGAUUGGGGUGCCUUUGUCAUCAAACGCGGAAUAGGAAAGGGUAAGGAAAAGAUUUACGAUACGUGUUGAUGGGGGAAGGAGGAAGGCAAUUCAAAAACGAUUUGUUUUAAAACGCAGUUCUAGUUAUGAGAAUGUUAUGAGAAUGCAGCAAAAUUCUUCCUGAUUGGGAUUCACAAGAUAACAACUGCGCUACGGCCAAAGGGCAUUCUCACCCCUCCCACCCCCUUCUUGAUCCCCCUCCUGAAUAUACAGGGUCAAGUACCAUUUUUUGUAACCUUAGUUUGAAUUUUAUUUUUAUUUUCGUUCCUUAAAAUUUCAGCUUCUGAGCGCAGUACUUGGAUUCCGUGUCCGUCGUCUUUUCUGUUCAGUUUACACAAUCCAAAGGGGUUUGCUCCAAAGAAGAUAUAUCCAGAUCCUUCUAGAGACGAAUAUUUAGUAGUUGGUGGAAUAAGGUGUGGCUCUUCUAUUGGACCAGCUUUCGGAACUAAAGGAGGAAGCGGCAUUUCAACACUGGGGUCAGAAAAAAAUCGUAGAUUUGGCUGGACGGCUUUUGGAUCUGGCUUCGGAGCCUCACUCAAGAAUGAAUAUCUAUUUGUCGGUAGAAACGAAUUUUUAACGACCGAUUUGGAAGUCUUUGGUCUCCCCAGUGAUUGA